CUGAUCAAGUCGCAAAAAUGGUAGAAAAUAAACAUUAAAUAAGGAGAAUAAAGAAAAGAGCAACGAUUAGGGAGGGCGGAGAGAGAGGAGGGAAACAAUAGAGAAUCAAAGCAUAAUAAUAUUCCUAAAUGAAGAGGGAAAUGUUGCACCGCUCAUUUUAUUAAUCAGACUGUCAAUUUUACCCAAGAGGCCAAACCCAAGAGCAAUCUAAAACAGACUCAGAGAUCAACCCAGGGACAAGCACCUCGCUCCUCACUCCUCUUCCUCUCCACUUGGAUAUUAUUCGUCUGACCGAAGGCCGCCUCCAUCAUCAAGUGACAGCCCUCUCCUAUUUAUUUGCUUAUAAACCUGUUACAAUAAAUGAUCAUUGGAGCAACGUCAGCCGAGCAUUUUAACAACGAACAGCAACCACUUUUGAUGAAUGACACUUCGCCGCUGUGGGGAGGAUGCACGGCUCAUUUUGAGCAGUCGCUCGUCGAUUGCAUUCAGAUUCUUUCAUUUUUUGCGUCUUGCUUAUAAAAAGGUUUAGAGACAGUUAUUUAGAGACAGUUGCUGAGUUGCAUGCGGAUUUAGCUGCGAUACAACUCAUUGGUGCUCCAGCCCCCUGGACAAGCGUUGUGGGGUUGUUGGGGUUGUUUUUUUUUCUUCUUCUUCGCCUUGCGCGGCUUAAUGAUGGAGAGGAUAAGAAAGGAGAUGAUAUUGAUGGAGAGAGGUCUGCACAGUCCCGUCGCAGGGAAGAGGCUCGCAGACACGCCUGGAAAUUCAGUGCUGGAGGCCCUGGAAAACUCUCAGCACAGCGGACGGCUAAGCCCGAGAAUAACUUCGGCUUCUCUCCAUGGAAAUCUUGGGGACAUCCCGACGAAAGGCAAAUUUGAAAUUGACAGUCUUUUCGGAACACACCACAACAGUGAAAAUACAUCUUCGGCGGAAAUUUCAUCGUCAGAAAGCAGGAAGAAAAUGAGCCUUUACUCCGAAGUUUCGCCAGAUUCAGAUAUUAACAGUGAUGUGGAGGUGGGAUGCCCUGCGCAUCGCUCCCCGAGCCAGCACAAGGAAAACAACAAAGGUUUUUCAGACAGUAAUUCAGGAUCUUCCAACACAAGCUCAAACUCCCUCGCGAAUAUGAACGGUAAUUCAACGGGAGGAUCAAAUUCCGACCAAGUGAGAAGGUAUCGGACUGCUUUCACCAGAGAACAAAUCGGAAGACUGGAAAAGGAGUUUUACAGGGAAAAUUACGUUUCGAGACCAAGAAGAUGUGAAUUAGCCGCAGCGCUGAAUCUGCCCGAAACUACGAUUAAGGUGUGGUUCCAGAACAGGCGGAUGAAGGAUAAAAGGCAGCGUUUGGCGAUGUCCUGGCCCCAUCCGGCAGACCCCAGCUUCUACACUUACAUGAUGACGCAUGCGGCAGCUACAGGAAGCCUACCUUACCCUUUCCACUCGCACAUGCCUCUACAUUACUACCCGCACGUCGGUGUCACGGCAGCAGCCGCCGCCGCCGCCACCGGUGCCGCCUCGUCACCUUUCGCCACUUCCAUCCGCCCCCUCGAUACCUUCCGAGCACUCUCCCACCCCUACUCACGGCCAGAGCUCCUGUGCAGCUUCAGGCACCCGGGACUCUACCAGUCACCCGCAGGCCUGAAUAGUUCUGCAGCGGCGUCAGCGGCCGCGGCGGCUGCGGCGGCUGCGGCGGCGGUCAGCGCCCCGUCAGCCACCGGGCCUUGUUCGUGUCUCAGCUGCCACAGCAGCCAGGCGGCGAGCGCGCUGGGCUCCAGGAGCGCCAGCGCUGACUUUACCUGCACAGCUUCGGGCCAAAGAUCCGAGAGUGGAUUUCUGCCGUAUUCUGCUGCUGUUCUCAGCAAGACCUCAGUCCCGUCGCCAGACCAACGAGAAGAAACUUCACUUAACAGAUAACUCAUCAUGCAGCCUACAUGACCGUUUCCUAUUUUGCUCCAGUGCUACUUUAGGGGAUAGGCCUACUUUAAACCCACACCUGGGUAACGCAGUCGUUUAUUAGACAGCAUUGUAAACACACACACACCUACACACACACACGAAGAUUAAUUUCUAAAAGUCAGAUUGAAGUCCAAAAGACUCUUUAUAACGAAAAAGACAUGCAUAGCUAAGCACCGAAAAUUUUGCCACUCACAAAAAAACUUUUCUAAAAGCUUGUGCCCUCGUGCUGUGCCAGUACCAAUUUUUAUGGGCUGUGCAAGAUAAACUUAUACAUAUUUGGAAAAAUAACAAACCAAGCAGCGUAUCCAUUCUGUCCCCAUGCCUCCAUUGUGCCAUUUCAAAUUAAUUUAUUUGUUUUUACAAAUCCCACAAAUGAAACCAAACACUGCAGCUGAGUCACAUUCCACAUUUCUGCGGCUCAAAUGUCCAAAUGUCAGCGUGACAGACCCAGGGUGGGUUACCUUGCCUCCUUUGAUUUUAAAGAUUCGAACGUGAGCUAAUUAUACUAUCUAAACUUAGAUAGCAGAAGGUCCUGCUUUUCUGCCCAGCAGCAUAUCUUUCUUCACUAGGCCUAAUAGACUAAGAUUCUGGCAGCAAUAGCUUCUCCAACACCCAUCCUCUGCUCUGUGGGGACACCCCUAAUCAGCUAGAAGGUGCAUAUAAUUUUGCACCUCGUCUUUCGUGUCAAUUUUUAUGUUAAUAAUGAGAGGAUCAUGACAAAAAUUGCCAAUCAUGUACCUAGAUGGAGCUCCUUUGAAUCCAUGUCUGUAAGAAAGUUCCUCGUUUUGAGACCCGCUGUCAAGUGCUAACAACCCGCGGAGGGAAGUCAUUAGACAUACAAAAGACCUGGAACAAAGCGACAGUCCUGGUACACAGAAUGCACUGUAUAAUGAUAAUAUUUGACAGAUGGAGGGUUUUAAAAUAUUACACACAAAGCAGCCUAUAAAGAGCCCCUCAAAUUUUGUUUGCUGAUAAUGGAAAAUACCUCAACAUACAGUAGCCUCUCUUUUAUUUACAUUGCUGAACCUCAUUAUAUCAAAUCCAGUAUUUUCAUGAGUGUGUAAUCCCUUUAGGACCUCUUCACUCCGCACACACAAUGACGGGACUGAGCAAGGCGAAGGUUCAGACAAAAUAGCCUGGUACAAUCUGUCUGCGCCUGUAAAAAAAAAUAAAAAAAAUAAAAUGGCUAUGUGCUAUUUUAUUCGUUCCUGUUGGGACAUCACCAAUAUGUUAAUUAUAAAACACGUGAACUGUAAAUCGUGAAAUAUUUUGCAAAUAUCAUGGAUAGUCCUACUGAUAGCUGAAAACUGAAUUAUUGAUCGCCCCUGAAAAAUGCUUCAUGAAAUGUGGAUGGUAGGCUAUUUUUUAAAAACACUUUUUUGUGUGUGUGUGACUUGCUGAAUGUUUUUUUUUUAUGUUAAAACACUGGAUGUACACAGCCAAGAUGACCGUCACGUAGCCUACAAAUUGGCCUGUAUACUCACCAAUAGUCCAAAAUUCAUGAUUUGUAUUUCGUGCAAAAUUAAGACUGAAUUAUGGAGAUGGAGAACAUUUCUUUACGGUCCACUCAAAAAGAGGCUUUUCAAAGGGCUGAUAAACGAGCACUGAAAUUAAAUGAUGAAAACAGUAUUGGCCUUUGUCCCUAGAGUCUCUGUUAUAACUCUAUAUCUCUGUAUUUAAAAUAUCAAUGACUGUAUGAAUUUAAAUAUUUUAACUUGAAAAAAAAAUGUGCAAUAUGAAAUGUAAAUCAUGUUAUUUAUUGAUCGUGUUUGUUCUUGGAAAAUAAAUAAAAAAAAUCUUUACACA